AUGGCGUCGGACCUCGAUCAGCUCAUUGAGAUGGGCUUCGACAAGGAACGCGCAGAGCUAGCAGUGUCCAAGAGCGGUGGCCUGCAAGGUGCUCUGGAAUGGCUCGAGACAAAUCAAGACAAAUCCUUAGAGGAGAUCAAGGCGGCACAAUCACAGGAAGCAGAGGACGAGGAAGGCCCUGCGCUGAAGCCAGGCGAGGAGGCCCGUAGCUUGGUCUGCAACGAGUGUGGCAAGAAGUUCCGGAGCCACGCGCAGGCCGAGUUCCACGCAUCCAAGUCUGAGCAUGUGGACUUUUCCGAGUCAACCGAGGAGAUCGCGCCAUUAACAGAGGAGCAGAAGAAGCAGCGUCUCGAUGAGUUGAGGGAAAGACUGGCAGAGAAAAGGUCGGCGCAAACACUGCAGGAUAAGGCAGACCAAAAGCGAAAUGAAGUACAUAUCCCGCUAUUAAUCUGUGUGAGCCAAUUUCUGACUAUACCUCCCCAGGAAAUCCGGAGAAAGAGCACCAAAGAGAGCCAAGAUGCGAAAGAAGACUUGAAGCGAAAACAAGCAUUGAAAGACGCAGCUGCAAACAAGAGAGAGAAGGCGGAGGAAAUCGAAGCUAAGAAGCGCAUCAGGGCGAAGAUCGCGGCGGACAAGGAGGAACGACGAUUGAAGGCCGAGCGUGAGCGCGCUGAACGUGCAGGCGUGGCUCCGCCUCCGCAGCCUGCUGCUGCCCCAGUGCCUACAGCGUCCGGUCCGACUACUUCAAAGCCUGCAUCUGCUUACACCGAGACUCGUCUGCGCUUCCAGACUCCUGCCGGAAACAUUAUGAAGACCCUUCCUGUCACCACGACUCUGUUCGAGGUCGCUGCAGCUUUGAAAUCGGAGGACGGCAUUGAGGUUCAGAGCUUCACUCAGAACUUCCCCCGGAAGGUUUACAAUGCCGAGUUCUUUGGAGAGACAUUGAAGGAACUAGGACUUACGCCAAGUGCCAGCUUGGUUGUUCAAUGA